AUGGUUAGGUUUACCCUUGUUCGUGGCCAUCUUCGCUUCAUGGUGGCCGCGCGGCCGCUGCCUUCUUCCGGCAUGUCCGUUUUGGCAGUUCGUCGCGCUCGGCAGGCUCGUGCAAGGCCUAAGGGCAGCCGCAUGGCGAUCGAGAGGCUCACCGACGACCUCCUCGUCCAGAUCCUCUCGCGCAUACCCGCCAAGGUGGUCUGCCAUUGCAAGGCCGUCUCCAAGCAUUGGGUCGAUCUCAUCGACCACCCCGACCACCGCAAGAGGCUCUCCCAACCGCUGACCGGCUUCUUCUACAACAGCACCAACAAGCACCGCUUCCCGAUAUCAGCCGUGCACUUCGUCAAUGCGUCCAGUAGGGGCUGCCCUUUCAUCUGCCCUUCUCUCUCCUUCCUUCCCAGCCACCGCCGCCUCAACCUCUUGGACUGCUGCAAUGGCCUCCUCCUCUGCCGCCGGUACGACGCCUCCGCCGGAGGCGACGAGUUCACGUACGUCCUGUGCAACCCCGCCACGGAGGAGUGGGCGGUUGCCUGA